AUGCAGGAAGGGCAGCGACAGCGACAGUCAAAGGAACUUAACUUUGAACCUGCUGAAUGGGCCUUCCCAACCAGUAUCUGUGAUUUGAUGUUUAGCUCCUGUAUUGCGCACCAUUCGCCCUUGCACGAGCACGUGGAAGGAUCAGCAGAUUCACGUGAAGAUGAAAACGCUGCAGCGGUAAAUUCUCUGCAAAGAACUCUGUGGAGCGAUACCAACUUACAGCUCGCCUGCGGCACCCGGUGCCGCAGCUUGAGGCGCGUAAAGGAUGAGGGCCGUCAGGUGUGGAUGGAGUAUCAAGAAGUGACGCUACGAGAUAACUCCAAACGGUUCCAGUGGGUAGAGCUGGCGGACAACGCCAAGGCUGCCGUGCAGUGA